UACGGCGACACCGACAACAGGAAUACUCGUUUAUACGAAUCUGCUUCCUGCUCUGGAUUCAACAGCACCAGAGUAGUACACCUUCGUGCGAACAUAUCGAUCACCCCGUCGCAAAGCAACCGACGCACGCCUGACACACUGCGCACGACGUCCACCACGCUCUCCGCCCACGAUGCGUUCUUCUACUCUUCUCCCGGUGAUUACCACCCUUGCAGCGACAGUGCUGGCAGACGUCAAAUUCACAUCGCCUGCUCCUGGCGCUUCAAUACCAGCCGGGACAUUGACGGUGAAGUGGGAAGAGUCUGGAGAUACGCCGAAAAUCAGUGACUUGAGCACGUAUACGCUCCAGCUGAUGGUUGGAGGAAACACUGAUGCUUCUUCGGUGGGACUCCUAUCGCUGUCCACUAAGGGUAGUCAUGCGCAAGGAACAACAGCACAGGGCACAGUACCAGCCAACAUCGCUGGCACGCUCAAAAAUGGAUUUUAUUUGAAGAUGAUAUCGACAGCAAAGGAGGGUGGCACAGUUACCAAUUUCUCAGGACGAUUCAGUAUAGAAGGACUCACGGGAACCACAGCAGCGAAUGCCGUAACGGGUGCGCAAGCAGUAACUGGCACAGAUGGACCGGAUACGAUUGACAACGUCGCCAACGACGCAGCAGCAGCAGCUCCUGCCGCAGGUGCAGGCGACGACAUGUAUGGUAUUGCGUAUGCAGACCAGAGCGGGCUUACAAAGUACGCACCGAUGCAAGGCGUCCCUCCGACCAAGAUCACAGCCCAGAAUUUUUCACCCAAGUAUCCAACGAGCAGUGUCUCCAUAGCCACUACGUGGUUACCAAAGCCAACAGUACAGACGACCAUGACACAAACACAGACUUUCUCCGUCAGCAGCAUGGAAAACACAGCGGCACCCCAAGCAGGGCCAUCGGGAGACAUGCAGAAGUUCCUGAAUAGAUGGAAGGACUAGGAGCAUCCAGCAGACUACACAGCUCCAUUCACUACUGCAGAUCGUUCUGUACCUUGGGGCCUACCGCAGCGUCGCCUGACUUGGCUGACUUGGCUCAUUCCCGCUCACCGCGUUCGUCGGCCGGGGCUUUGAUGGCCUUCGGUUGAAUUUCAUGGGUUGGACUGCGUUCUGGUGCCAUGGAGUUCGUCUUUGGCAUGAUGUAGAGCAUGUUGAUUUGCGGUUCGAUCCUCGACGGUGCAAUCAGCAGAUGGUUGAUCGGAUUGACGGGGUGUGGGAGUUACCAGCAGCAUUGCUAGCGUUUGUUGUAUCAGCAGGCCAGAUACCACCACUCCUAUAGCAGUAUUAUGAGAGCAUGAUAAUGAAGGAUUCGAACUCCCGA